CAAGAUUCAAGCUCCCAAAGCCACUGCGCCGCAAUAAUUUGUGAACGCCGUGCAUGUUGUCGGUGAAGGCCCACUGAUCUAUGCUAGUGACUUCCUAAAUCUAUCGUUCAGCUCUUUAGCUUUUUCCUACAAGCGAUUAGCGGUUUUAUACGCCUCAGCGGCAACCGCCUUACCCUCCGUUGCCUAGCAGAAAAGUGUCCAAGGUCGCAUACACGAUCCCGUUUAUAGCUUUGAGCUCAUAAACAACCAAUUGGAACCUCAGUAUCCGACGUACCGAGCCGAUACCAUGGCAGGAGGAGACAGACACGGAAGCAGAGAGCUAUCACCAUGGAGCGCCAGACAAGCUCUGACCGCGGGCAAAGGUCCCAACGACGGACAGACCUCACGUCGAAGGAGUAGAAGCAGAGAAGCAAACACAGGAUGGGGGACUCAAGAAAACCGAGAGGACCGCACCAGACCACCAAAACACAGAUCUCGCAGUCGAUCUCCCCCUCGGAAACCCAGGGAUGCGCCGCAGGACCCAUCCACAACAGAACCUAGAACGAGACCCGACUCCGACAACCAACGACGCAACCGCGACACCUCCCCAGAACCCUACCGCCCCUCACGCGAGCGCGAGCGCGAACGAGGCCAAAGACGAGACAACGGCUCCCGAGACCGCAGGCGGGACCGCUCGAGGGACCGCCGAAGGCGAGAUGACUCCCGUCGCGAUCGGUCGCGCUCGAAGGACCGACGUCGACGGCGGACAGACGACCGCUCCGGCUCGCGAGACCACAAACGCCGUCGUCGCUCCCCAUCCGCGGGCUCUGCGUCCCCGCACCCACGCUCGCGCAAGGCGCUCCCGUCGCAGGAGGUCUCGUUCCGCGGGCUGGACGACUCCGCGCAGCCGCCUACCAAGUACGGCGGCGCGCCGCCCGAGCGCGAGAAACCGAACUUCAAGACGACGGGCCUCCUCGCGAAAGAGGCGAAUAGAGUGGAGGGCACCAAGAUCUCGCUCAAGUACCACGAGCCGCCUGAGGCGCGCAAGCCUCCUCCGUCUGCCCCGUGGACCAUCUCCAUCUUCAAGGGCGACGAGUACCUGGGCAAGGUCGAUUUGGGCACGCAGAGUUGCUGGCUGUUGGGUCGGGCGAGGGAGGUCGCGGACAUUGUGCUGGAGCACCCGAGCGCGAGCCAGCAACACGCCGCGAUACAGUUUCGGUACAUCUCCAAGACGGUCGAGGACGAGUACGGAGUCAAGAAGGUCAAGGGCAAGGUGAAGCCGUAUAUCAUCGAUUUGGAAAGUAGUAAUGGGACGGAGUUGAACGACGAGGACAUCGAGGCGGGUCGGUAUUUCGAAUUGAGGGAUAAGGAUAUCUUGAGAUUCGCUGGCAGUGAGAGGGAGUACGUGGUCAUGCUACCGCCGAAGGAUUAAAGCAGCAUCACAAACCAGUGUCACGAAUCAAUCAAUGUUUUCUGACACGAUUUUCCAGAGCCAAAACAAAGGAUUUGUACACUUGUAGAUAUUAUACACGUUUUCUGAGAAAUGGACCAGAUUUACGCCGUGGAAAAAAACACCGGCCAGUACCUACCC